AUGUGGGUCCAUAGGUCGUGGCGUAUCACCGCUCGAAAAGCCCUCGCGCGGUCUUCCAACCGGCUGUUAUGGCUUGAUGUUGUGGUUCCAGUACAGUGGGUGGCUCGACCGGGGCAGUAUAUACAGCUCUGGAUGCCACGCUUGGGGGUAAGAUCCUGCUUGCAGCUUCCUGCAUUUCACGUGGCUUCGGUGGCUACAGUGCAAAACCACCCAGAAGCACCAACUCGUCUGCUACACAUAGUGACCCGACCUAGGCAGGGUGUGACUAGUAGGAUCGCGCAAGCUGCUGAUCGUGCACACUCAACAAUUCAUUUUCCAGUGUACGUGCUAGGUCCUUACGGGCACCCACCUUACCUAGGACAGUACAGGACCGUCGUGUUUAUACUUGAAGACAUUGGACUCUUCCGUGCGUUGCCGUUCAUACGACACCUCGUUAAAGAAAGCCGAAGCCGGAAGAAUACGGUGCGACGGCUACAAGUUUUGUGGCAAGUUAAGCUGCAGAAUUUCAACCAUCCCCAUUGGGUGGGGGAUGAAAUCUCGCAAAUCCUCGAGGUUAACCGUAUGUUUGACCGAGACGAUUGUCCCGAGCAUAAACAUCGAGAUAACCGGGGAUUUGAUAUCCUGCAAUUUACUACGCAUAUUCUAGGCACGCAGCCCGCGGACCAAAUUCGUUACCGCAACCGAACGCGCUUAAAGUACCGUUUCCAUCCCAUUGAUAUCGAAAAGGAGCUGGCACGUUUUAUGGACGGUAGAGGUGGAAAACCUACGAUUUCUGUAUGCGCAAGCAACCCAUUACGCGCAGCAGUACGCCGUGUCGUUCAUCCCACAAAUGCUUUUCGGUUGAUUGACCUGGACCUUGAACCCUCUGGCAAGUGGUGGACUGGCGAUGACCCUUUCGACCAUGCAAAAUCAGACAGGAUGACGGCCUCAAGGCGAGCAGAAUCUUGCAGUGCUGGUUAG